UGAGCGCUGGGGCGCGUGCGCGAGCGGUGCAGCACCGGCCGCGGGAGCAGGGAGUAUUAUGGGCUGUGGGUGCCUCUGAGCAAGAUGGAGCUAUCUGCAGUGGGCGAGCGGGUCUUCGCGGCCGAAUCCAUCAUCAAACGCCGGAUCCGAAAGGGACGCAUCGAGUACCUGGUGAAAUGGAAGGGGUGGGCGAUCAAGUACAGCACUUGGGAGCCGGAGGAGAACAUUCUGGAUUCGAGGCUCAUCGCAGCCUUCGAGCAGAAGGAAAGGGAACGUGAGCUGUAUGGGCCCAAGAAGAGAGGACCCAAACCCAAAACUUUCCUCCUAAAGGCCCGGGCCCAGGCGGAGGCCCUCCGCAUCAGUGAUGUGCAUUUCUCUGUCAAGCCGAGCGCCAGCGCCUCCUCGCCCAAGCUGCAUUCCAGUGCCGCGGUGCACCGGCUCAAGAAAGACAUCCGCCGCUGCCACCGCAUGUCCCGCCGCCCCCUGCCACGACCAGACCCACAAGGGGGCAGCCCUGGCCUGCGCCCACCCAUCUCGCCCUUUUCUGAGACGGUGCGCAUCAUCAACCGCAAGGUGAAGCCCCGGGAGCCCAAGCGGAACCGCAUCAUCCUGAACCUGAAGGUGAUUGACAAGGGUCCGGGAGGAGGCAGCCCUGCGCAGGGUGCAGGGGCGCUCGCCCGCCCCAAAGUCCCAUCGCGGAACCGGGUCAUUGGGAAGAGCAAGAAGUUCAGCGAAAGCAUGCUGCGCACCCAGAUCCGCCACAUGAAGUUUGGCACCUUCGCGCUGUACAAGCCCCCGCCCGCCCCUCUGGCGCCCUCUACCGCGGGCAAAGCCGACGUGGCCGCCUCCGGGCCUGGGCUGCUCCUGGCCACCCCAGCAGCUGCCCCCUAUGACGCACACAGCUCCAGCUCUUCCGGCUGCCCCUCACCCACACUGCAGUCCUCUGACCCAGACGAUGCACCACCCAAGCUACUACCCGAGACCAUGAGCCGAUCUGCUCCCAACUGGCGAGAGCCAGAGGUGCUCGAUCUGUCCAUCCCUCCCGAGGCGGCUGCCACAGGCCAGCGGGCGCCUCCUGAUGCCACUGCUGCUGCGGGCCAGGCGCUCCACACAGCCCUGGAGCCCACAGGUGCCUCCUCCUCCGAGCCCGAGGCUGGGGACUGGCGCCCCGAGAUGUCGCCGUGCUCCAAUGUCGUCGUCACAGAUGUCACCAGCAACCUCCUGACCGUGACCAUCAAGGAAUUCUGCAGCCCCGAGGAUUUCGAGAAGGUGGCUGCUGGGGUGGCAGGUGCUGCAGCGGGGGGUGGUGGCACCGGGCCAAGCAAGUGAGGGGCUUCCCCAAGGAGGGAGGCUUUGGGGGGGCCUCCUUCCUGGAGUCAUCUUUGUGCUCCCACCCCGUCCCUGCCCUCAGACCCGUUUGCCUGUGCUCUGCUUGCCUCAGAUGGCUUGGUGUUGACCCAGGGAUGGGGAUGGGUAGUCCUGGACGUGGUUAGGGUUCUGGUAGGGUACAGAAAGGAAGAAUUGCUUCCUGGUGUCCCUGGCACUGUCCCUGACUGUGCAGGUGGGGCCCAGUAGGUGGCUUCUGGGGAAGCCCAAGAACUUGGGGUUCAGGUCCUACCCACACCCCACCCUGCCUCUCCUAGCUUGCUUCUUGCUGUGUGUGCACUGUCCGGCCUUGGUGCUAUCUCAGUGGCUGCAGGGCCCCUAGGAGAUCCCACCUAGGGUGGGUACAAUCUCUUAGUGCCACCUGGGACUGAGUGAAGGAUGAGGCCGAAAUGGGCCCCUCCCUCGCGACACUAUUGAGGGUGGCAGCAGCUGGGCCAGAGGCCCCCCCUCCCUGCUUGCCUGUAUCUGGACCAGGCCCACGCAGAUCUUGUGUCCCACACGCCCUGUCUCUAUCCAAAACCCCCUUUGAAGGUGGAGGGGCUGCAGACAUGGCACCCUGCCGCAGCCUCUGGGCAUCUGGAAGCCCUCCUCUGUUUUCUACCAAAGGUGCUGUAGGAACCUGCUGUGGAAACUUCUGGCUGUGCAUGUGUGUUUGCCCUUGGCUUGUUCUUGCGUGGACCCAUGUGUGUGCUGGGUGCAGGGUUUCGGGCUUUCCUGCAACACCCCUUACCGGUUCCUCAGAACAGGGUCGCUGAAGGCGUGGCCUCCCUUGCCUUAGCCAGGCCUGGCACAGUCGGGUCUGUGUGGUUUGUCGUGGAAGCCACAGGCCUCUCCUCCAAUCCCAGGUUCCUGGGGGACAUGGAGCCCUCAGGCCCUUCACACAGCGGCCAACAUGGUGGGACUGUUGGGGGCGGGUCCAGC